AUGUUCAGAAAACAAACGGAUGUCUUGCUUCAGACAAAGUCUUUCAUCAAAAAGAAGGAUGCAAAUGAGUUGAGAAAUCAACUUCAGUAUUGCUUCAAAAACUACACGGCUGAGGCAGACAAAGCGGUCUUUUGCAGUUCUGAUAAGAUUGAGCUCCUUCGUUUUAAGACGGGAGUUUGUGUAUACAAAGAUAAGACCGGAGAGCCUCUCAUCAUAUUGACAAAGGAAGGACGCUAUUACCCGACUAUAUUUGCUCUGUGGAAGGCUCCCACCAUUGUUCCCACGAUCUACACCAACUCCUAUGUCAGCAAGCGAAUUAUGGACGGAGCCGCUCUCAUGGCUCCAGGCAUUAUCGUUCCUUCGGCGUAUCUCACCAAUCAGGAGGAAGGACUUCCCUCUCUUCUCCUCAACACGGUCGUAUGCAUCGCCGUCGAAAAUAACCCACUUCCUUUUGCUGUUGGAUAUAUCAGUGUCAACAAUUUCCAAGAAGCCAAAGGCCGUGUGAUCGAGAUUAUUCACACAGUCUACGACAGUCUCUACGAAGAGUUUGCUGCCAAUCGAUCUUCGCCUCCCGGUUUUUCUCCCCUUGCCAUUCUCCCCAUUCUCCCCGCGGAACCCGCGGAAUCCGCUUCUUCAGCCGAAGAACCCGCGGAACCUGCGGAACCCAUGGAAUCCUCAGAGCCCACCGAACAUGCUGAGAGUCCCGCGGAACUUGAUUCGGCUCCCGCCUCUGCGAGUGCGAUCCCCGCGGGGAAUUCCGUUCCGCCUGAUAGUGAAACGCCCUUCAGCGUGAGCGAAUCGACGAUGGACGAAGAAUUCAAAAGCUUGUGUCUCCGCGUAGAAUUUGUGGGAUCCCACGAUUGUCUGAGCGACGUGAGGGAGGAGGAGCUUCCCAUGCAGGUGUCGACGUUCAACAGCAAGUAUCUGCGGAAGGCGGAGUAUAUCAAUCGGUUUGCAGCGAGUCCGUAUUGUGGAAACGGAGAAAGAUAUUGCGGCGAUGUGGCCGACGCGAAGGGACUGCGAUGGGAGAAGACCUCGUUUAAGAAAUUGCCCGCACUGAUGGCGUGCUUGAGCGAGAUGAAGCUGAUCACGCUGAAAACCAUCGCGAAGCAGUUGACAAUUCUCUCGCUGAACCAGCAGCAUGAGGCUCUGCUGCAGUAUCGCGCUUAUAUCGCCAAGAACAAACGGGAAACUCCCGGAAUGGCGAGAAAAGACGACGACGAUGACGGAGACGGUCCCGAAGUCUCGCAGAGCGCGCUUUAUCGAGUGAGCGGGUUUUUAAAGGGGCUGUUUAUGGCGAUGGGAUGCGAUCCUGCGGGGUUGUACUCGCUAUCCGAUGCUCGGAGAGUUUUGCAGGAUUACAUAAAGGAACGAGACUUGGUAUGCGCUGAGAAUCCGCAGAACGUGGUAGAUGUUGGGGAGAUGGGUGAUCGACAGAGACUGGAUGAAUUACUGGUGGACGCAAUUUACAGAGAUAAGAAAGUGCCGGAAAAUGGAUUUCCAAUGGAAUUGUCAAGAGCGGAGUUGGUGAAAUUGUUUACAGAGAGAUUACUUCCGUACCAUUGCGUUUCUGUGAAUGAUAAAGUCGUUGUGAAGAAGGGAAAGUGCCAGAAGAUCGAGAUCGUCACUCAGAAGAUGAAGGGGGCCCAUCGGGAACUGACAUUGGUGUAUAACACUUCCGACUUUAUGGUAAACACGAAAGAAUUGAUAACAGCACUGGCGAAAGCAUGUGCAUCAAGUUGCUGCGAGAAGAGCGGACCUACAGGAAAUUUCAUUCAAGUCCAGGGCAAGCACCCCAAGUUAAGAAUGUUCUGA